AUGGAUUCUUACACGUUUAAACACAGGAUCCUUCCUCUCUUAAUUCUCCUCUUGUUUGCAACUCCUUACGGUGUCGUUUCACAAUCCGACAAUCCGAACGACAGGGAACAGUAUAACUACGCGCGGGUGACUCCGUCGAUGGCGAUUAUCAUUGUUGUUUUGAUAGCAGCACUCUUCUUCAUGGGUUUCUUCUCAAUAUACAUCCGCCAUUGCAACGAAGCCAACGCAAACGGAAGUAUCCGGCCAUUGGGUAUGGGUGGACUCUCUCGACGCGCCGCCGCGUCACGAGGGCUUGAUGCUGCCGUUAUCGAGACGUUUCCAACGUUAAUCUACUCGGUGGUGAAAGGUUUGAAGAUCGGUAAAGGCGCGUUGGAAUGCGCCGUUUGUUUAAACGAAUUUGAAGAUGAAGAAACGCUGCGUUUAAUUCCGAAUUGUGACCACGUGUUUCAUCCUGAUUGCAUUGAUGCUUGGCUGGAGUCUCACACCACAUGUCCUGUUUGCAGAGCUGAUUUGACCAUACCCGCUGACUCGGUACCCCAACUCAGUGAGUCCCCCAACCCCGAAUUGGACCUCGAGGCCCAAAACGGAGCAGUGGGUGUCGAGCCAGAAAAUGGAAACUCCAAUUUGGAAGCGCAAGCGGUUGUACCGGAGCCUGAGGUUAUGAGUGUAAAGAAGAUUUUGAAAAGGAACCAGACACGGGGGUCGAGAUCGUUUAGACGACUGAGGUUUCCUCGGUCACAUUCGACCGGGCAUUCUUUGGUUCAACCAGGAGAGAACACCGAUCGAUUCACUUUGAGAUUGCCCGUUGAGGUUAGGAAACAAGUGAUGAACCGAAAGUUGAACCGGACUAUGAGCAUGGUGGUGUUGCCUACACAAGGAAUUUCAAGAAAGGGGUAUAGGACCGGAGUUGGUGAAGGGAGUUCUAGGAAGGUGUUAAAUUAUAAACGACUAGAAAAAUUGGACCAAGAACCGAGGUCAGACCGGUGGGUUUUUACUAGGAACCCAUCAUUUUUAGCAAGAGCGUCGUCGUUUUUAUCGAGAGCUUCAUCGUCAGUCAGGUCACCGAAAGUGGUGGCCAAUGACAACAAAGGGGGUUCGUCUAGACUAGGUGGACCGGAUGUCGGUGAAUCAAGCAGACCGCCAGUGUAG